CGAGGAUUCCCGCGAGACGAAGGAACGACCUUCUUCGCCGAGGAGAUCCCCCGGCACGUAGAGAGACCCGACCGCGGCUGGUGGGCGCCCGUGAGCGAGGGCUUCCUAGCGUCGCGACCGAGAACGACAACGAUGGCCCCGCGGAAGAAGCCGCUGGUCAAGCCCGAGGAUGCGGCAAACCUGCGGGUGCUCCAGAGGGAGGACCCCGAGGUGGAGGCCAUCCUGGGCAGCGCGAGCCACGUGACUCUGUACGGGUUCAACCUGGAGGAGCAGGCGUGGCAUCGGAAAGAUUGCGAAGGCUCGCUCUUCGUCGUGCAACGUCGAUCGGUGCCGAGGUUCCAGUUCGUCGUGCUGAACCGCCUAAACACCGAGAACGUCCGCGAGAAUCUCCUCGGCGAGUUUGAGUUUGAGCUCUCGCCGCCAUACCUGCUCUACCGAUCGUCCACCGAGGUCAACGGCAUCUGGUUCUUCCAGCAAGAGGAGUGCGACGACAUGUCCGCCCUGUUCGAUUCCAUCACGAGCGCGCACGCCAAGGAGGACCAGCAGCAGCCGCAGCUCACGGCGGAGGGUCUGAUGGCGGCUAUGAACCUCGGCUCCGCCGCGGCUCAGCCGGCGCAGCAACCGCAACCGACGGGCAGCGUCGAGGCGUUCUUCGCGGGGCAGCUGGGCAGAGGCGGCGCGAGCGCGGCGCCCGCGCCGAUUCCCGAACCCCUGGCGGUGCCGGUGCCGGCGCCGACGAUGGCGGACGAGCCCAAACAGAAGAGGGAGAAGAAGAAGGAGAAGCCGGCGGCGGCGGUAGAGUCUGGGAGGGACUCCCCGGUUGCCGAGCGGGGCGGCGGCGGCGGCGGGGGCGGGCUGAACCGCGAGGUCGUGCGCGCGGCGAUGUACAAGCUCGUCGCGAACGAUAACUUCAUCGACCUCAUGGUUAAGGAGCUCAAGCGCUCGAUGUGAGGGUCGACUAGCUAUCUAAAUGCGACAAUGCUUUCGUGUUGAGUC